GCAAUUUAAAGUUGGAGAGGGGGAGUACUCCUGGGCCACAGGUCAGAGAGCAGUUCCCUACAGAGAUUCACAGGAGCAUCUGUCAGGCUUAACUCCACAGAAGAGAUCAUGACCACCCAGUUCAGCAAAGGACCCACAUUCGGACUCUCGGCUGAUGUCAGGAAAAAGCUGGUGCACAAGUACGACCCUCAGAUGGAGGAAGACUUGAGGAUGUGGAUCUAUGAGGUCACAGGUCGAGGGGUUCCUGAAAACUUCAUGGAGGGACUGAAGGACGGUGUUAUCCUAUGCAAGCUGAUCAACAAACUGCAGCCUGGAUCGAUUCCAAAGAUCAAUCAAUCAAACCACAACUGGCACAAGUUUCUGUCUAACCCUGUCUAUCCCUCUCAGUUGGAGAAUAUCUCACACUUUGUGCGAGCAAUUGGUGAAUACGGCCUGAAAGUACAUGACAUCUUUGAGGCCAAUGACCUGUUUGAGGACAUGAACCACACUCAGGUUCAGUGCACCCUCAUCGCAUUGGCUGGAUUGGCCAAGACGAAAGGCUUCUACACACAUAACGACGUUGGUGUUAAAUAUGCAGCACAAAAGCAAAGGAAGUUCACUCCUGAAAAGAUGAUGGAGGGGAAAAGCAUCAUCGGCCAACAGAUGGGUUCCAAUAAGUUUGCCAGUCAAAAGGGCAUGACCUCCUACGGAACAAGACGACAUCUACAUGAUCCCAAAAUAGGCAUGGAGAAACCAGCGGAUCGAUCCACUAUAAACCUCCAAAUGGGCACCAACAAAUGUGCCAGCAUGGCUGGCAUGUUUGCACUUGGCACGGCGAGACAGGUGACGGAAAAGAAUGUGAAUCUAGAACCAGUGGACACUUCAACGGUGUCUCUACAGAUGGGCACCAACAAAGUGCCCUCUCAGAGAGGGCUCACUCCCAUGGGUGGCGCACGUCUAGUCUAUGACCGCAAAUACUGUGUGAAGGCUAAUGAACAAAACAAAAUUGAUUUAAACAAUUAAUACAUUGGCUCUUUGUAGAUGUUUUUGUUUUACUGAUCUCAGAUCAGCCUAUAUAAAUUAAACGAUUUAAUAUAUUAAUUUCAAACUAUAUAUUUGGAGAGGCCUAACCGUUAAGCCAGACACAAUCUCGAAAGAUUUUGCAUGAUCACCAAUAUCAGGCUAGGCGACGUUAUCAGAUCUAUAGCAAUUCACCAAGAAUGUUAAUAAUCUUCGUACAAGCAAAAGAUACAUUUUCUCCCUUUAAGUCGAGAAAUCAUAAAGCUGCUCUCUGAUCAGUUUAAAGGGGAACAUCUACCUUACAAGUAGAUUUUAUAAACGUCAAAACUAACUGGCUUAGAAAAUGUAUUAAGGACUAGUCAUAGUUUGACUUGCAUUUUUCUGUGUGCUAAUAGUCUAUAGUGUUCUUAAGUCCUAAUUGUUAAAUGCAAAUUUGAUGUCAUUGGUCCUUAGUAUGUGUCUGAAAAGGAUUAUGAUUGAAUGAAAAAUGUUACAAAAGCAAAAACAAUACAAACAAAAAUCCGCACAUUCCUGAAUAUGUGGCUUUGCAGCCUUGUAAUCCAUCAUCUAUAUUCUUUAGCAAGAAUUCACACAAAAACCGGCUUAAUCAUUUACAAUCACUAAAUAAAUAUAUGUUUAGAAUAUAGUCUACUAGUGUUAGUGUUAAGAAAGUGAUGCAAUUCAGUGGAAAGCAUGAAAGCAUCUGAGAGUUAAUAAAGGAUUCAUUUGUAAAACUUGCAGCACACAUGUUCCUGUGUCUGUUUGUAUUGCUUAUUUUCUCUAUUGUCUUUAAAUAAUUGUGGUGUCAUUUGUGCCUUAUUAUGUUUAAAAUGUUC